AAUCGGUUGCAAUGAAUGCGGCAGUUGUAAAAAAGACGCAAGACGCGCUCGGAAAGGUGAUAAAGAAACCACCGCUGACUGAAAAACUGCUGAGCAAACCACCGUUUCGUUACCUGCACGACAUCUUUAGUGAGAUCAUCAGAACCACUGGUUUCAUGAAGGGGCUGUAUAAAGACAGUGAAUUAAAGUCGGAUAAUGUAAAGGACAAAGAGACUAAGAUCGCCUUCCUUCAGAAAGCAAUAGAUGUCGUGAUGCUCGUCAGUGGCGAGGCCCUCGCAGCAAAGCCGACGCGUAUUGUCGCUGGCCACGAACCCGAGAAGACCAACGAGCUGCUGCAGGCUAUUGCCAAAUGCUGCCUCAAUAAGUUGUCCAGUGAGGAUGCAGUGAAACGAGUACUGUCUGGAGAGAAGGUGGACUUGAAAACUAAGACCACAUCUAAGUCCCAAGACAAAGAAAAUCGAGAGGGACGUGAACAUCAGACAUUGGAAAGAGAGGAGAAGAAGAAGAUCGAGCGCAGCGGGAGCAGAGAAGACAAGGCCUCGGAUCAGGCCAGAGAGCCAGAGAGAAAUCGUCGAGAUGGCGACCGAGACCACCGCCGUGACGGGGAGCGUUCCGGCAAGAACCACCGGCGUGAACAGGACCACGCCAAAGACGGAGACCAAGACAAGAGCCGCGAGCGAGCGCGAGACAAGGAUCGAGACAAAGGCAGAGGAAAAGACAGAAACAAGGAGAAGGAUAAAGACCACCAAAGAGAGAAAGACAAGAGUCGAGAGAGCGAGAGAAUCAGAGAGCGAGAUUCUCAAAGAGACCAUGAAAGAAGCAAGGACAAACGACAAGAACGAGACAAAGACAAAGAGGACAAGAACAGAAGUGAAGAGAGAGAGAGUAACCGCAAGGAUAGAAUACCAGAAAUACAACAAAAAAACACAGAGGAAGAGGCCAGAAAAACAGCCAAACCUAUACCAGCUGAACAAGAGCCAGCUGAUGAGCCUGCAGAGAAAGUUGAAAAUCAGACCAUCCCACAGUCCGGUAGUCCAGCAAGAAUACCUCGGCCUUCUUCUGCCAAAGGACAAAGGAGGAAACCUCGAAUUACUGGGCAGGAUGAAUCUGACAGUGAGGGGGAUGCUGACGCUCCCAAGGAAAGUGGAGAUGCUGCAGGUCCUUCAUUUCCAUCUGAAAUUACAUCCAGUAAGCAAAUGGCGCGGCCCAGCAGUGCUCGUCCAGCUCCUCCUCGAGUCAAGAAACAGGAGAGCUUCACUGAUGGGGUCCCAAGUGAGAGGCUUUCUAGUGCCAAGUCGUCAGUCAUUAGAGAAGGGAAGAAGCUGUCUGAUGGUGAGGAUGAGGAAGAUGAACAGUUUCUUGUGGCAGAGGCGGCCUCUGAGCCUGCAAAUACUCUAGAGAAGGAAUCUCCACAAGACCUCAACAGCGAUGAAAAACAUGGUGGACUCGUGAAAAAGAUCCUUGAGACCAAAAAAGACUAUGAGUCAUCGCCAUCCUCCAUUAAAUCGAAAGAGAAGCUGCUGUCGGAAGAAGCCCGGAAGAAAGAGCAGGACUUGGUCACGCGGGAGGUGGAGCGGCUGCGUGCGUCCAUCCAGUCGGUGUGUCAGAGUGCGCUGCCUUUGGGGAAGAUCAUGGACUACAUGCAGGAGGACAUCGACGCCAUGCAAGCAGAGCUGCAAAGCUGGCGAAAGGAGAGCAAGGAGCACGCGCAGGCUUUGCUGCAGGAGCAGAAAGCGACAGACUGGGCGUUAGAACCUCUCAAGGCGGAACUUUAUGAACUAGACCAAAUGAUCAAGGAUUACCAGGACAAAAUAUGUGGAAUGAGGUCCAACAUUUUGAGAAAUGAAGAGAAGAUUCAGAAGAAGUUGACUGGAAUCAUCUCCAAUUCAACCUGAAGCGAGAAAUC